AUGAGCACUCCAUCACUCUCAGGGGGCGCGGGUGCAUUCUCUGGGUUCACUCGGCUAUGCAAGGGCUUAGCGGUGGUGCUUAUUGGAGGACACAUUGUGGUUCAGUUUCUCCCUCAGGCCGUUAAUUAUCUAGCGCUCAUUCCCGCCAGGACUAUUCCUUUUGUCUGGAACCUCCUAACAGCCGGUUACAUUGAGCAAUCAGUAUACGGGGUUGUUGUUAGCACUCUUGGUCUUCUUUUUAUUGGGAAGCUGCUUGAACCUGUGUGGGGUUCUAGGGAGUUCUUGAAGUUCAUCUUUGUAGUUAACUUCCUAACUUCCAUAUGCACUUUCAUCACUGCUAUUGCUUUGUACUACAUUACGAUGAACGAAAAUUACCUCUAUCUGCCUCUUUCUGGCUUCUAUGGGGUCCUUUCAGGUUUCUUGGUUGGCAUCAAGCAAAUCAUCCCUGAUCAGGAGUUGCCUUUAUUGAAGAUAAAAUCUAAGUGGUUACCAUCUCUCUCACUAUUGUUGUCCAUUGCCAUAAGCUUCUGGACAGCACAGUCAGCAACAUAUCUUCCCAUUUUAAUAUUUGGCACCUAUAUUAGCUGGAUUUAUCUCAGAUACUGGCAGAGGAAACCAGAAACUAAACUCAAGGGUGACCCAAGUGAUGAUUUUGCAUUUUCUACAUUCUUCCCUGAAUUUUUAAGACCAGUCAUUGAUCCUGUUGCAUCUAUAUUCCAUCGGAUGCUCUGUGGAAGAUUUGAAGCUUCCAGCGAAUCCCAAGGUUAUACCCUUGGAGGCACCACAUUGCCUGGAUCCGACCCCAUCGAAGCAUCUAGAAGGAGAGAAAGAGGGGCUCGAGCACUCGAAGAAAGACUGGCAGCUGAGAGGUUGGGUGCAGCACAGGGUACAGAAGAGUCGGGAAGAGAUGCCACAGAGAGUGUUUAA